CCUCCAAGGCACUUAUCCACCGGUAUCAUGGCUUCCAAACAGGGGAGGAAGUGAUUUGGAUGAAAAUAAGGAUAUUUUUUACCAAACACAACAGAUAACUGCCAUAUAAAGACACUGUAAGGCUGUCAGAGGGGCUCGGCCUUCCUCUUUACUCACCGGCCGCCCCUAGAUCCAGGUUCUACUUUAAUUUUAGUGUAAAUUUCCAUCCGUAAGCCGCGGAAGAUGGCCGACCCGGCGGAGUGCACCAUCAAAGUGAUGUGCCGUUUUAGGCCCUUAAACAGUUCAGAGGUGACCAGAGGGGACAAAUACAUUCCCAAGUUUCAAGCGGACGAAACUGUGGUCAUUGCGAGCAAACCAUAUGUGUUUGACAGAGUGUUCCAGUCUAAUACAACACAGGAACAAGUGUACAACGCCUGCGCCCAAAAGAUUGUCAAAGAUGUUCUGGAGGGAUACAAUGGGACAAUUUUCGCAUAUGGACAGACGUCCUCUGGCAAAACGCAUACCAUGGAGGGAAACCUUCAUGACACAGAGUCGAUGGGCAUCAUCCCCAGGAUAGUGCAGGACAUCUUCAACUACAUCUACUCCAUGGACGAGAACUUGGAAUUCCAUAUCAAGGUUUCAUAUUUUGAAAUUUACUUGGACAAGAUCCGAGACCUUUUGGACGUUUCAAAGACCAACCUGUCGGUGCAUGAAGACAAAAACAGAGUGCCCUAUGUGAAGGGCUGCACUGAAAGGUUUGUCUGCAGCCCAGAAGAAGUCAUGGAUACCAUUGAUGAGGGCAAAUCUAACAGACAUGUUGCAGUUACAAACAUGAAUGAGCACAGUUCCAGGAGUCACAGCAUCUUCUUGAUCAAUGUAAAGCAAGAGAACACCCAGACAGAGCAGAAGCUGAGUGGAAAGCUCUACCUGGUGGACCUGGCUGGCAGUGAGAAGGUCAGUAAAACAGGAGCAGAGGGCGCGGUCCUGGAUGAAGCUAAGAACAUCAACAAGUCUCUGUCCUCCCUGGGGAACGUCAUCUCUGCUCUAGCUGAAGGAACUGCCUACAUCCCUUACCGAGACAGCAAGAUGACCCGUAUCCUGCAGGACUCUCUGGGUGGGAACUGUCGAACCACCAUUGUCAUCUGCUGCUCCCCUUCCUCCUACAAUGAGUCUGAGACCAAAUCCACCUUAAUGUUUGGACAGAGAGCAAAGACCAUUAAGAACACAGUAUCUGUGAAUGUGGAGCUGACUGCAGAGCAGUGGAAGAAGAAAUAUGAGAGAGAGAAGGAGAAGAACAAGACCCUGCGGAACACCAUCACCUGGCUGGAGAAUGAGCUCAACCGCUGGAGGAAUGGUGAGAGUGUGCCAGUUGAGGAGCAGUUUGAUAAGGAGAAGGCUAAUGCAGAGGUGCUAGCCCUGGACAACGUACUUAAUGAUAAGCCAGCCUCCACACCCAAUGUGCCGGGUGUACGCCUCACUGACGUGGAUAAAGACAAAUGUGAGGCGGAGCUGGCCAAACUCUACAAGCAACUGGAUGACAAAGAUGAUGAGAUCAACCAGCAGAGCCAGCUGGCCGAGAAGCUGAAGCAGCAGAUGUUGGACCAGGAAGAGCUUCUAGCCUCUUCCCGUCGUGAUCACGAGAAUCUGCAGGCAGAACUGAAUCGUCUGCAGGCGGAGAAUGAGGCUUCCAAGGAGGAGGUGAAAGAGGUGUUGCAGGCCCUGGAGGAACUAGCAGUGAACUAUGACCAGAAAAGUCAGGAGGUGGAGGACAAGACCAAGGAGUUUGAGGCCAUCAGCGAGGAGCUGAGCCAGAAAUCAUCAAUCUUGUCAUCCCUGGACUCAGAACUUCAGAAGCUCAAGGAGAUGUCCAAUCACCAGAAGAAGAGGGUGACUGAGAUGAUGUCAUCGCUGCUGAAAGACCUGGCUGAGAUUGGCAUUGCCGUGGGGAGCAACGACAUCAAGCAACACGAGGGCAGUGGUCUGAUAGAUGAGGAGUUCACAGUAGCCCGUCUGUACAUCAGCAAGAUGAAGUCAGAGGUAAAGACCAUGGUGAAGCGCUGCAAGCAGCUGGAGAGCACCCAGUCGGAGAGCAAUAAGAAGAUGGAUGAGAACGAAAAGGAGCUGGCCGCCUGCCAGCUACGGAUCUCUCAGCAUGAGGCUAAGAUCAAGUCCCUAACAGAGUACCUGCAGAAUGUGGAGCAGAAGAAGAGACAGCUAGAAGAGAAUGUGGACUCUCUGAACGAAGAGUUGGUGAAGAUCAGUGCUCAGGAGAAAGUCCACGCCAUGGAAAAAGAGAAUGAGAUCCAGACUGCCAAUGAGGUCAAGGAGGCUGUGGAGAAGCAGAUCCACUCCCACCGUGAGGCCCAUCAGAAGCAGAUCAGCAGCCUGCGGGAUGAGCUGGACAGCAAGGAGAAACUCAUCACUGAGCUGCAGGAUCUGAACCAGAAGAUAAUGCUGGAACAGGAGAGACUGAGGGUGGAGCACGAGAAGCUUAAGUCCACAGACCAGGAGAAGAGCCGCAAACUGCAUGAGCUCACAGUGAUGCAGGACAGAAGGGAACAGGCCAGACAGGAUCUGAAAGGACUAGAGGAGACUGUGGCUAAGGAGCUGCAGACCUUGCACAACCUGAGGAAGCUCUUUGUCCAGGACCUGGCAACCAGAGUCAAAAAGAGUGCUGAGAUGGACUCUGAUGAUACAGGGGGCAGUGCAGCCCAAAAACAAAAGAUCUCCUUUCUUGAGAACAAUCUUGAGCAGCUCACCAAGGUUCACAAACAGCUGGUGCGUGAUAAUGCAGACCUGCGCUGUGAGCUUCCUAAACUGGAGAAGCGUCUUCGCGCUACGGCUGAGCGGGUCAAGGCCCUGGAGUCUGCUCUGAAGGAGGCCAAAGAGAAUGCAGCACGUGACCGCAAGCGCUACCAACAGGAAGUGGACCGCAUCAAGGAGGCCGUCAGGGCCAAGAACAUGGCCAGGAGGGGACACUCAGCCCAGAUCGCCAAGCCCAUCCGGCCCGGGCAGCAGCCAGUGGCGUCUCCCACCCACCCUAACAUUAACCGCAGCGGAGGAGGCUUCUACCAGAACAGCCAGACAGUGUCCAUCAGGGGAGGAGGCAACACCAAACAGGACAAGAACUGAAGAAGAGCAGAGGGACAAAAGAACCCACCACAGAAGAAGCCGAUAUCAACCCUGACAACCCGUCAUUCCAUUACUGCAAAUGGCUCCUUGCCGCAGCUUAGAGGUCACGAAGGAGCUCUGAAAUAUAAAUAUAUAUAUAAAUAUUCCUGGCCUGUACAGCUCCACACCCCCGUCCCCCCGUGUCUCCUCUUCUUUUUCUCUCUCUGGAUAUAAAAAAACAAAAACAAAAACAUGGCAACAUUUAAUUUACAAUGGUAAAAAAAAAUCAAAUUUACAACCUUUAAUUUACAAAACACGAGAUAUUAUUCUUAUCCACCGAACUAACCGCAGUCUUGAGUGCAGCGUUGGCAAGCGAAACCACGUGUGACUGGAAUGUGUAGCUUCGGUUUUCGUUAUUUGCACAGUUUGUCGUCAUCCGUCAUUGUGCGAGUAGUUCUUCUGCACUGUGCCAAGCUGAAUGUAAUGGUAGCAAGAUCUGAAAAUAAAAAAGAAAGGAAGAAAAAAAAAAACCUACCACAAGACUAGCUAGGCCUAGGCUAACCUCUGUACAUUUCAUUAUUAUUACAGGUUGUUAACCACAAUAUCUCUGAAUAGAUUUUACAUGCUUCUUUAAGGAAAAAAGAAACAUAUGGUUUUAAAUUGACUAGAUGGCAUUGAGCACUACUGUUCUGUCCAGUCUUGUUGUACAAAUGUAAAAUUGGCACAACUGCACACGCUUCCUGAAGAGUCUGGGGGGGGGAAAUGCCAAGAUGUGCAACAGUGUAGAUGUAUUUAACUAAGUACCUGUGGAGGCCAAUUGUUUGUAUCGCUAAAUUAAAAAAAAAACACAAAAAAAAAAACAAACAGACCUAUACUUGUUAUUGGUGACUUCACAAGAAGGAUUUAUUGUAAAGAAUGACGUAGAGACGAAGCGGGGAAGGAAGAGAAUGAUCCGGUUUAAAAAAAAAAAAGAAAAGAAAAAAACUUAUGCCUUUAGCCUAUCCAAGUAGCUAAAUGUACUGUUUUUACUUCUCUCGGUGGUUUAUAAUGCCAUGUUACUGGAUGCUAUUUAUAUCUCUCUGUACAUUGGAGCACAUAGACCACAGGCAUAGAGACUGAGAUAGAACACAAUGAUUGUCCUGUCCCAGCUAGGUCGGUGUCACUCAUCCCAAAUCUGCCCUAUUUGCGUGAACAUUCAGUGGACGGUGGGAGCGAUUUUCUUUUUCUUUUUUUUUUUAUUGUAAACUUAACUGUUUAGGAGUUGUCUCUCGAUUCAUUGGGUCCUCGUAGCUUUCCCUGCCAUGUAACGCUUUUUCUAUCAAGGGUGCCUCUCUUCAAAAGAGUCCUUUAACUCAAAACUGCCCCGCUUGUUUGUUAUUAGACUUAGGACCUAAAACUGUAUGUGCCCCAUUGACCGUAAAUUGCAAAAGCGAUAUAUUUUGCUGGAUUUAUGUACUGUAUCUUUUUCAUUGUUCCAUGACUGAUGUGUAGAUUGGUAUGCACGUGUAAUAAUAGGUGGGCUGCAUUUGAUUGACAGGACCCUUGCCACUGAUCAGCCAAUCAGAAGAGCAGGGUCCAGAUCAAGGUGCAAGAGCGAUGAAUCAGGAACAAUCGUCUAUCAUGUCAAGGAGGGGGAUUAUUUAACUAAAGCUAGUCAGGGGCUUAGGAAUUUGUUUUAUGGUUGUCUUUGUGCAUUGUUUUAAAAUGUUUUCCCUGCUUUAAAUCAUUUUGCCCCUCGUUCUCUCACCACACCUUUUGUUAGUCCUGUGAACCUUAAGCAUUUGCAUAGAGCUCGCUGUGACUGUAACCCCAGCAUGAAAACACUAACAUCUUGUGCAAGUGCAAUAUGAGUAUAGAGAAUACAUCAGUUAACAUUUAGGUGUGACCGGGGUGAGUCUUUGUAGUGAUAGUCCUGCCACAGUUAAGUGUCAAACUAAAUUUGUUGUCUUUGAAGAGGAACUGUGCAAUCACAAGCACUUAAGGAUCCUUCUUCACAUUGAAAACACUCCAUAUAGUAAGUGGCUAUUUUAAAUGUUGGAAAGAAUUUUCAAAUGCCCAGGAAUGGAAUAAUGACAAUUUGUAAUAGUUAACAGUGAUUUUGAUAUAGCACUGGCAUUUUUAAAAGCUUAACGCAGGAGGAGUAGCUCCCCUAUAUCUAUGACGGGACAAUGUUUUGGUGUCUAUCAGGAAAGGCUUAUUCUAUCUGUAAAAAUUUAGAUGUAUUAAGACUUGGCAGCAUGGUCCUCAAAACGUAUCUUUAUCUUUACCUCCCACCAAUACCAGAUAUGAAAAUGGAAAAAAUUAUUAAAACGUUUGUUUAUGGUGUUAACCAAAAUUGAAAUUGUUUGCAUUAAUUCUAAAGGAAAAAAAGUGUAUCCACUUUUUAUUACUGUGUAAUAGUUGCUCAAUUUCUUAAAGACAGUUUUGAGGAUUGCAUUGGUGGAUAAAGGUACUGGAUCAUUCCUAGAGAACUGGGGCACGGUAGCAGGGCUCUGAUGAGAGGGAGACGGGGAAAGUUAACGAGAUCACCGUUUUGGAUUGACUGCAUGAUGUAAAUGUAUGUGUGAUUAAAUAAUUAUGGGAAACGCUCA